AGGAUUACGGACCCAGAAAAAUCGGUAUUUUCCGUGUUAUUUCGGUAGAUUCCGGAAUGUCACGUUUCCGACCAUGUGACCAUGAUAAAUGACCACGUGAUCGGAUUCUGAGCUGAUACAAAGAUGGCCGAACAAACGCGCACUCGUAGAGGCAGAUUUGCAUCCUUAAAAAAAGAACCUGCUAAGCAGAAAGCAUAUGAGCUGAAAGAAGAACACAGCUAUGUAGCAACUGAUUAUGUUGAAGUUGAGAGUUGCAAGACUGUGGAUGGGAGUUGGAAGGAAGGCAGGCGAGUUGUUGAUUUUGCCGUGUUGUUGGAGGGACUGCGGUUUUGCAAAUCGUGUCGACUUGGCCCUAUUCCUUUAACUAUAGAGAACGUCAUUGGGGAAUUAAAGAAGGGAUUAGGAGGAUAUCUAAAAGUGAAAUGUUUGAACUCAGAUUGUGGUCACGUGAACUGUAUAGCGUAUGGAAAAUUAGUGAAAGGGAGUAAACAGGGUGCCACAACUUUUGCCGUGAAUACGAAGCUUGGAACAGCCAUGAUUGACACAUUGGGAGGCCCGAAUAAAGUCAACAACAUGCUGGCAGCUUUGAAUAUACCCACUAUCAGUAAUAGUAAACUGAAGAAAAUGGAGAGGAGGGCAGGGUCAAGCAUUGAAAAAGUGGCGUCUGAGUCAAUGGAAGCUGCAGGCAAAGAAGCAUUUCAGAGAGAAAUGGAGGACAUAGCUGUGUGUGAGUGUUUGGAAGCAGAGAAGUCAACAAAUAUUCUUAUAAAGGACCUUGGGGUUUCUGUUCUUCCAGAGGCAUCUCCUAUGAAAGAGUAA